AUGCUUUCUACAUCUCUUCUUGCAGGGGUUCUUCCCUUUGCGCAUCUUUUGACCACUGCUGUCGCAGCACCAGCAACUGAGCAAGUCCAGCCUCGCCAGUCGGCCAGUUGUAAUACUGCCGAUAACAGGGCCUGCUGGACCGAUGGCUUCGAUAUCAAUACUGAUUAUGAGGUCGAUAUCCCUGAUGGUAUCACCCGAACCUUUGACCUCACGCUCACCGAGGUGAACAACUGGACCGGUCCCGACGGCGUGGUCAAGGAAAAGGUGAUGCUCAUCAACAAUCAGUUUCCCGGUCCUGUACUCUAUGCCGACUGGGGUGAUACCCUGGUAAUCAAUGUCAUUAACAACAUGGAAACUAAUGGUACCUCUAUCCACUGGCAUGGUAUCCGACAAUACCACACCAAUAUUCAGGAUGGUGCCAAUGGUAUCACUGAAUGUCCGUUAGCUCCUGGUCAGACCAAGACGUAUACUUGGAGAGCUACACAGUAUGGCUCUUCGUGGUAUCACUCACACCACUCGGCACAAUAUGGUAAUGGAGUUGUCGGAUCAAUCCACAUCAACGGCCCGACGUCGGCCGACUAUGACAUUGAUCUCGGCGUCUACCCCAUUACUGAUUACUAUUAUAUCACUGCCGAUGAAGGCGUGCGGGAGACCAUGACCCAAGCCGUUCCACCCAAUAGUGACAAUGUCCUCUUCAACGGUACCAACAUCAACCCGGCAGACCCAUCGUUGGGAGAGUACUCGGUGGUUACCCUGACUCCCGGAUCCAAGCACCGCCUCCGCCUGAUCAACCCAUCCAUUGAGCACAACUUCCAGGUAUCGCUCGUAGGCCACGAGUUCACCAUUGUCUCGACCGACUUUGUCCCCAUUGAGCCCAUUGUCGCCUCGGACGUAUUCCUCGGCGUCGGCCAGCGCUACGACAUCAUCAUUGACGCUUCCGAGGCCGUCGACAACUACUGGUUCAACGUGACCCUCUCGGGCACGGGUCUCUGCGGCGCCUCCAACAACGCCGCGCCGGCCGCCAUCUUCCGGUACGAGGGCGCGCCCGACGCGCUGCCCACGGACCCGGGCACGGCGCCCGCCGACUCGCUGUGCGACGACCGCAACGACUUUGUGCCCAUCGUGCAGCGGACCACGUCGGCCACGGACAUCACGCCCGGCGUGCUGGUCAAUGACAACCUACCCGUGACGCUCAGCCUGCCGCCGCUGACGUCGACGGUGACGUGGUUCGUCAAUGGCAGCGCCAUUGACGUGCAGUGGGACAAGCCCGUGCUCGAGUACGUGCUCGACGGCGACACGGCCUACCCGCGCAACGAGAACAUUGUCCUUGUCGACGACGCCGACGUCUGGACCUAUUGGAUCAUUCAAAACUUGUCCCCCAUCCCACACCCAAUGCACCUCCACGGCCACGACUUUUUGGUCCUGGGCCGGUCCUCGCCGCUCAAUGUGCCCCUGUCCCUCACCCAGCUGUUGGCUCUGCUGGCGGCAGGACAGCUGGGCGGGCUUACGGACCUCUUUGACCUAUCGGACCUGGCCUCACUCAACUUUGACAACCCGACCCGUCGCGACGUCACCAUGCUUCCCGCGCUGGGCUAUCUCGUCGUGGCCUUCAAGGCCGACAAUCCCGGCAACUGGCUCUUCCACUGCCAUAUUGCGUGGCACGUCAGCGGCGGCCUCAGCGUCGACUUUGUUGAGCGACGCGGUGAGCAGGCCGCCUUGAUCAGCGAUGACGACCAGGCUGCGUUUGAGGAGACGUGCUCACAAUGGCGUAGUUACUAUGCCACCGCUGAGUACGAGAAGGAGGACUCUGGAUUGUAA